GUGUGUAUACGUCCUCAGUGGAGUACAUUCAAAUAGAAAACGCUGUCGUAUUUUUGUAAGCGUUUAAACUCCGCGCGCGAUACAUAGACAGUUUGAAAAUCUACAUCCAACCCAAUAAGCAGAAAUAAUAUAAUUACUUCAUAUAAGUAUUUUACAGGGGUUGCAGAUUCAGUAUUACGAACUGUGCGUAAUGAACGCCCCCAGCUAAAAAUAGCUAUUUGCGUGCAGAUGAUCGGCUCACAAACACUCGAGACAGAACAGUUAGCAACCGUGUGGUUUUCGUUCUUCACUUUUUUAGCUCGCUAACCAAGUUUAUUCGAAACACGGAAAAGGUUACUAUCCAUGCUUCUAACCAUCGCUUGCUAUAUCAUCGUAAGCGGACGUGAGAGAGAAAAGCCAGAAGGAAACUCCCCGGAUGGACAACGAGAGGGCCUAGCGUGUAAACAAAGCUUUCAUCGUCUUUAUUCAACGCUAAAAUAAUGUUUGGUGCUUCGAGAUCUGGGGGUGUAAGGGGAGGGCAAGACCAAUUCAACUGGGAUGACGUGAAAGGCGAUAAACACAGGGAAAACUACCUCGGGAACUCUCUUAUGGCACCAGUGGGGCGAUGGCAGAAAGGCAAAGAUCUGACGUGGUAUGCCAAAGACAAAAAAGGUGGUGUCAAGCCUAUGUCAAGAGAAGAGGAGCUUGCUGCUGUGAAGGCAGCAGAGCAAGAGGCACUGCUGGCUGCCCUAGGCCACAAGAAUAUAAAGAGACAACCAUCUGGCCUGACCAAAGAGGACCUUGCAGAUGUGUGCAGGAGGGAGAAUGCGGAAGCUGAGGACAGAGAUGUGGACAGAGUUUCUGGCCUUGGAAGCUCCGGUGCAACGUCACGGAAAAUGGUGUUCUCCAAACAGGAGAAGGAAGCUGCCAAAAUAGGCUUGUCAGUCUUCACACACCAUAAAACAGAAGGGAAGUCUGGAAACCAGGAAGCCUCUGCCAGAAAAACAUCUGCGAACACAGAGAAACAGGAUGUGGAUGUGGAUCAAAGACAUGGUAGCAGCAGAAAGAAGAAGGAAAAGAAGCGCAAAAAGAAGAAAAGGCAGAGAAGAGACUCUUCUUCCUCCGAUUCGGAAGAUGACAAAAGGUGCAGAAAGGACCACCAUCAUCAUAAUCCAUCAUGCCUCAGUCAGACUGGAGCCAGACCCCAUGACAGCCAUUCAAAGGGGGGACCAAAGGGUGAACGCCACCCCCCCUCCACUCAACGACGCCAGCAGAGGCAUGACACACACUCCUCCGACAGGGAGUCCCCCGUCCCCCGCCACAAGGCAGCCCAUGCUGCUCUGACACAAAGCCACAGGCUGCGCCAUGACACAGACUCUGACGAUUAAUGUCCCCCCCCACUCAAUCAGACACAUUGAGGGAGAGGAGUACUUCUGGACUGGACUCAAGGGCUGUGGUUGAGAACAGUAGGUCAUUCUCUAGGCUACUCCUCAAACCACUAGCACCAGUUUUUAUUUGUGUUGAAUUUUGAAUUGAUACAUUUGUUUCUAUUGGUAUUUUAUUUUUCUGAACCAGCUCAAAUGUAUUUUAUGAUCUGUGUCUAGCUACCAAAAUUGAAGGACACUUCAUGCAAUUGAAUCAGGUACUACUGAAAGCAAGUUAAGUGCAUGUGUUCUUGGUGCUGAAAACAAGUUAGUCAAUACAAACUAUUGCUGUCCAAGACAUUAAAUCUGGUGUGACACUUGCCCAUACUACCAGUAAAAAAUGUAUUUAAAUGUGUGCCAACACCUAAAUGUUACUGAGUCUUCUCUUUGGUUUGUCAGUGUUGUCAUCAGUUGAGAAUAUUCACUUCUGUCCAUCCCACUGUGCCUCACACUACUCAGCAUUUUUGCUCCUUUUCCUCUAUCAAACAAGAACUCCUUUGCCCCAUCACUCUUUUCUGUUCUAGGUUCAGUUGCCUGCCUCCCUGGCUGGGGUAAGAUACAAUGCACUCCAGUGGUCAUAAUGGAGUGUAGUGUUUGUAUUUGCCUUAAAUCAGGUCUGAAAGGGGGCAUUCUGCUAGCUGGCACCUGAUGGUGCACUAAAAAGAGCAAGGCAUUCACAAAGAGUGCAAAGAAGAAAAAAACAGUCUGGUCUUUUAUAUGACAGAGUACCAUUAGGACUGCCACACGUAAACCAAGCUGAUUGAUGGACAAAGCCACACUGUAAGGGACUCGAGACUCCUGCCCCCUCCUUCCACGACCACCAUACUUCUGCCAUGUUUUAUAGGCUUGGCUGCAUUAACCAUGGCAGUCUAAUCAACCUGAAAGAACAGCCUAAAUUGCUCCCCAAUUAUCGCCACCACCCAUCCCUGGCGCAGACAGGCCCAGCUGUAGCCAUGUGUAACUUAUUCAACACCUGCUUUGGGUGGUUAGUUGGCUGCCAUCACCUUGGACCAACCCACUCUCUUAGUCCAAGUCAUGGGGGGAGAGUAGUUGGGUGUGACUGUGGAUUUGGGACAAGAGAAGGGUGUGUGACCAAAGCACAGGCAAAGUAAAUUUUUAGAUUAGGAGUUAUUUUGAAUUCAUAAUGGGGAAAGAUAGAGGCUUGAUUAACUCCUACUCAUGGGGCAGUGUGGGUUUCUAACCGGGAAGUUAUUAAGAAAUCAAAUUUUAUUUGUCACAUACACAUGGUUAGCAGAUGUUAAUGCGAGUGUAGCGAAAUGCUUGUGCUUCUAGUUCCGACAAUGCAGUAAUAACCAACGAGUAAUCUAACCUAACAAUUUCACAACUCCUACCUUAUACACACAAGUGUAAAGGGAUAAAGAAUAUGUACAUAAAGAUAUAUGAAUGAGUGAUGGUACAGAAUGGCAUAGGCAAGAUGCAGUAGAUGGUAUCGAGUACAGUAUAUACAUAUGAGAUGAGUAAUGUAGGGUAUGUAAACAUAAAAGUGGCUAGUGAUACAUGUAUUACAUAAAGAUGGCAAGAUGCAGUAGAUGAUAUAGAGUACAGUAUAUACAUAUACAUUAUAUUAAGUGGCAUUGUUUAAAGUGGCAAGUGAUA